AUGCAAGUAGUCCGAGCUCAAAAGCGAUUUAUAGCCUCAAGAGGUUCCCUCGUUAGUGUGAAAGAAAAAUUCAAAAAACAAAUUAUUUAUAGGCUUGGUAGUACUAGGGCUAAACUAGAACAAAUAUCAUUUUUUAUGACAGCAUUUGAUUUAUUAUUUGAAAAACUGAAAAAUCUAGUUCAAUUUAAUUUAAUUUUAUACCGUGAACAACAAUCACCAUCGGCAGAAUGGUUACAAACAAUACCAAUGUUUGAAAAAUAUUAUAUCACAACAAAUCGAGGACGACUAUCUGUUUGA